AUGAAGAUCACAGUCUCUCUCCUCAUGACCCUCGCGGCCCUCGCCAAUGCACACAGCUUCUUCCAGCAGCUCGAGCUUAAAAAGGACGGCAAGCAGUGGAACAUGAUGAAGCGCGGCGAGGGCGUGCGCACGCCAAAGGACCGCAACUCGCCCAUCUUGUUCACGCCUCACAAGUCGUGGGAGUUUCUGCCGUGCAACGGUGGCGACAACGCGCUGACCAAGACGGACGUCGUGGUCAACGUCAACACGGGAGACGAGAUCCACGCCAUCUGGCGCCUGCUUCACAACAGCGGGAGCAGCCCGGAUGAGAUUAUCGACAAGAGCCACAAGGGUCCCGUGAUCGCCUAUCUGAAGAAGGUGGAGAACGCCGCCACCGACCCCGGUACCGGCGACGGCUGGUUCAAGAUUCAGCAGGAUGGUUGGAAAGAUGGUCCCAAGGAAGACCAGUGGGGCGUGGAUCGCCUGAGGAAGAACAAGGGCAAACAGCAGAUUAUAAUCCCGGAUUGCAUUGAGCCUGGUCACUACCUACUGAGGGCCGAGAUCAUUGCCCUGCACGAAGCCGCUCAAAAGGGAAAAGGCCCCCAGUUCUACAUGUCAUGCGCUCAGCUCAAGGUCAACACCAGACCAGGCUCGAACGCCGCUGUGAAGAAGCCGGCAAAAACCUACGACAUGACCAAGGUUUACAACGAGGGCGUGCCGGGCCUGACCACUGACAUCUAUAACAAGGUCACCAAGUAUGAAGUGCCAGGUGGGGAGGAGUUUAAGUGUUAA